AUGGAUGAACUUCAAAAACUUGAAAAAUUGAAUCUAAUAAAUAUUAUAACACGAGAACUUGUUAACCACGUGGGAAUAGAAGAUGAUAACUUAGUGGAGUUUAUUAUUCAUUUACAUUCUAUUUCAGAUUCUUUAAAUGAUUUUAAAACUAAACUGGAAGAUGCAGGAGCAGAUUUUACAUCUUCAUUUAUAGAAAAUAUUGAUCGUUUAAUUUUGUUAAUACAACCAAAAUCUGUAGAAAAAAAUAAAAAUACAACUAAUAACGAAAAUAAUGACAAUGUCAGUACUGAUGAUGUGAAAUCUAAAAUUUUCAAGGGGCUAUCAAUUCCAGAUAAGGAAAUUGACUGGUAUCAAGUACCUCAAACAGAUAUUCAUACAAAUAAUAAAGAUUUUUUGAAACUUAAUGAACCAACCAAUAACAAAAAUGAAGAAAUAUGCAUUAAUACAGAGAAAAAACGUCGUGUAUCACAUGAAAAUAAAAAUCCUAUAUAUGAAAAAGAUUAUCAACAUAAAAAACAUAGGAAAAUAAAUAAUGAAGUACCAGCUAAUAAUUAUUCUAAAAAACUUGAUAAAAAACCAGAAUUAUAUAAAAUCUAUAGCGGAAAAGUAUCAGGAAUUAAGGAUUUUGGAAUUUUUGUAACUUUGGAUGGUGUUCAUGGAAAAGUGGAUGGACUAGUACAUAUUUCAUCCAUACAAAGAGGACAUGUAAAUCAUCCAUCGGAUAUUGUAUCAAAAUUUCAAAACGUUAUGGUUAAAGUAAUAAAAAUAGAUCAAAAUGGGCGUAUAAGUUUAUCAAUGAAGGAUGUAGAUCAAUCUACCGGAAAAGACUUAAAUUUAUCCAAAAAAGUGACAGAUAGAGAUUUUUUAAAAAUAUCUGGAAAUUUUCCAGAGAAUUAUCAAGAUAUACCAGUAAUAGAAGAUGAAGAUUCAGAUUAUCCAAUAAAACAAAGAAAGCGUCUAAAUUCAUAUGAACGUUGGGAAAUAAAACAGCUAAUGGCAUCAGGAGCUAUUUCAGCAGCAGAUUAUCCAGAACUAGAUGAUGAUUAUAAUUUACAUAUCAAUGGAGGAGAUGAUAUAGAAGAUGACGAAGACAUUGAUAUUGAAGUAAGAGAUGAAGAACCUCCAUUUUUAGCAGGACAAACAAAGAGAAGUCUUCAAUUGAGUCCAAUAAGAAUAGUAAAAGCCCCUAAUGGGUCUAUGAAUAGGGCAGCAAUGCAAGGAGAACAAUUGGCAAAAGACAGAAAAGAACUACGUCAACAAGAACGUGAAGCAGCGAGUAGAGAAGAAUUUCAAGAUUUGAGUGCACAAUGGUUAGACCCAAUGGCUCACGGAGAAAAAACUUUUGCUCAGGACCUAAAGAAUACAACAUUAUAUAAGAAAACAAAUGAUAUCCCUGAUUGGAAAAAAGCAACAUUUUCUAAAAACACAUCAUUUGGAAAAAUAACUAAUUUAAGUAUUACUGAACAAAGACAAGCAUUACCUGUAUUCAAGCUUCGAACGUCAUUUGUUGAAGCAAUACGUAAAAAUCAGUUAAUUAUAGUUGUUGGAGAUACAGGUUCAGGAAAAACUACUCAAAUUACUCAAUAUCUUGCUGAAGAGGGUUUUGCAAAUAAUGGCAAAAUCGGAUGUACUCAACCUCGUAGAGUAGCAGCAAUGUCGGUUGCUAAACGUGUUGCAGAAGAAGUAGGAUGUCGCUUAGGUCAAGAAGUUGGUUAUACUAUUCGUUUUGAAGAUUGUACUAGUUCCAAAACAAAAAUCAAAUAUAUGACGGAUGGAAUGCUUCAGCGUGAAUGCUUGAUAGAUCCCGACUUAAAAAGUUAUUCCGUGAUCAUAUUGGAUGAAGCACAUGAGCGCACGAUUGCAACUGAUGUUCUUUUUGGUCUACUUAAAAAAUCCUUAAAAAGAAGACCGGAUUUAAAAUUAAUAGUUACAUCUGCGACACUUGACGCUGAAAAAUUUUCUUCAUAUUUUUAUAACUGUCCAAUCUUUACUAUUCCAGGAAGAACAUAUCCUGUAGAAAUAUUAUAUACAAAAGAGCCAGAAAAAGAUUAUUUGGAUGCAGCCUUAAUAACAGUAAUGCAAAUUCAUCUAUCAGAACCUCCUGGUGAUAUUUUGCUAUUUCUUACAGGUCAAGAAGAAAUAGAUACUAGCUGUGAAAUUCUUUAUAAACGCGUAAAAGCAUUGGGUUCACAUGUACCCGAACUCAUUAUUUUGCCAGUUUAUUCUACAUUACCAAGUGAAAUACAAAGUAGAAUAUUUGAACCAGCACCUCCUGGAAGCCGCAAAGUUGUUAUCGCAACAAAUAUUGCGGAAACAUCUAUUACAAUUGAUGGAAUAUACUAUGUAGUUGAUCCGGGAUUUGUUAAAUUAAAUAGUUACGAUUCUAAACUUGGAAUGGAUAAUCUUGUGAUAACUCCAAUAUCUCAGGCACAAGCAAGACAACGAGCGGGUCGAGCCGGACGCACAGGUCCUGGAAAAUGUUAUAGACUUUAUACAGAAGCAGCUUAUCAUAAUGAAAUGCUUCCUAAUUCUAUUCCUGAAAUACAAAGACAGAACUUGGCACAUACAAUUAUUAUGCUCAAAGCUAUGGGAAUCAACGAUCUUCUUCAUUUUGAUUUCAUGGAUCCUCCUCCAGUUCAAAGUAUGUUAGCUGCUUUAGAACAGCUAUAUGCUUUAGGAGCUUUAGACAAUGAAGGACUUUUAACAAGAUUAGGUAGGAAAAUGGCAGACUUUCCUAUGGUACCAUCUCUUGCUAAAGUAUUAAUUGCAUCUGUUGAAAUGAAUUGUUCGGAAGAAAUGCUUAGUAUAGUUGCUAUGCUUUCAGUCCAAACUGUAUUUUAUAGACCGAAAGAUAAACAGCAACAAGCAGAUGAAAAAAAAGCUAGAUUUCAUCAACCAGAAGGUGACCAUUUAACACUUUUAGCAGUCUAUAAUUCAUGGAAAUCUAAUUCAUUUUCAAACGCCUGGUGUUAUGAAAAUUUUAUACAAGCUAGAAGUAUGAGAAAGGCACAAGAUGUAAGACAGCAAUUAUUAAGCAUUUUUCAAAGAUAUAAUUAUGACGUUAUAUCAUGUGGGAAAAAUUAUGAUAGAGUUCGUCGAGCAUUAAUAUCAGGAUUUUUUAGCCAUGCAAGCAAAAAAGAUGCCCAUGAAGGAUACAAGACUAUAGCUGAAGGAACUCCGGUCUAUAUUCAUCCAUCAUCUUCAAUUUUUGGUAAACCAGUUGAAUGGGUUAUUUAUCAUGAACUUAUUGCUACAACCAAAGAGUAUAUGCAUUGUGUAACAUCUAUAGAACCUAAAUGGCUAGUCGAAGAAGCCCCUGCAUUUUUUAAAAUAGCAGAUCAAAAUAAAAUAUCAAAAUCAAAACAAAGAGAGAAAAUUGAGCCUUUAUAUAAUAGAUUUGCAACGGAUCAAGAUGAAUGGAGGAUAUCAAAACAAAAACGUAUUGCUCAUACUAGUUCAACAUUUGGUUAA